UGCGCAAGUUCCGGUCAAAGCAACACAGCAGCCGAACUUUUACGUAAAUCAACACGAUGGCUUCUUCGUUGAGGGGCUUGACGAAAGUUCUACCGGGAAAACAAGCUAUAGUAUCGCUUGUUCAGACAAGAUGUGCCCAGACUGCAGCCUCUGCAAACCCUGACAUCCAGCCCAGGAUGAAGCAGUUCUCCAUUUACAGAUGGGACCCUGACAAGCCUGGUGACAAGCCCCACAUGCAGACCUAUGAUGUGGACCUGAACAGCUGUGGGCCCAUGAUCCUUGAUGCUCUUAUCAAAAUCAAGAAUGAGAUUGACCCUACACUGUCCUUCCGCAGAUCGUGCCGCGAGGGAAUAUGUGGAUCAUGUGCCAUGAAUAUUGGUGGAACCAACACCCUUGCCUGUAUUUGCAAAAUUGAUGAAAGCAGUAAAGCUACCAAGGUGUACCCCCUACCCCACAUGUAUGUGAUCAAAGAUCUGGUUCCUGACAUGAAUAACUUUUAUGCUCAGUAUGCUUCCAUAGAACCCUAUUUAAAGAAGAAGGAUAGCAAUGAUGCUGACAUUGGGAAGGAGUCUUAUCUACAGAGUGUGGAGGACAGAGCCAAGCUGGAUGGCCUGUAUGAGUGUAUUCUUUGCGCCUGCUGUAGCACCUCCUGCCCUAGUUACUGGUGGAACAGUGACAAAUACCUUGGACCAGCUGUUUUACUUCAGGCCUACAGAUGGAUGAUUGACUCUCGAGAUGAUUACACGGCUGAGCGUCUGUCCAUCAUGAAUGACAAAUUCUCAGUGUUUCGUUGUCACACCAUUAUGAACUGUACCAAAACUUGCCCCAAGGGACUAAACCCUGGGUUGGCUAUAGCUGAAGUCAAGAAGCUUUUGGUGUCCUACAAUAAGACCGUUGCUCAUGCUUAGUAGAAAAUGUGAAAUAAGACUAUGACUUUCGAGAAGAGUUUUUCAAAAGCCUUUGAAAGCCAGUUGAUUAAUGUUUUUCAAAUUAUGAUGAACCAAAAGAGAAAGAUAAAAAGACUGAAAUAAUGGCUAAAUGUUUGUUAAAGGCUAAUAUAUUGUUAUAGUAAUAACUGUUUACAUGUUUAUGUAUAUGUUGCAGCACUCUGUACAAACUUUUAAUGUUUUGUUGUGGACUUGUAAGCACAUGUAUUAUUCUCCUUUUAACAUUUCUGUUAAGCGAACUCAAACACUUCAUAUUAGAAACCUAUCUCCCCUUAAGCAAUUAGCAUGCUGGCCUGCCAUGUAUUUUUGAAUUGUCUGAACAUGUGGUAAAGUUCUCCAGAUCUUUUGAAUACAUCUUCUUUGUCACACCAUUUAAAUGUUGAACAAGGAAGAAGAUUCAUGGGGUUGUAAAGCUAUGAAGGGUGAUGGAUAUUUAAAGAAAGGGUGAUUGUUCAGAAAAGAAGAGGUGAAAAAGUGAGGGUGUUACAAGAACAGUUCAACAUGUUCAAGGUAGAAAUUCCAUGUACAUUGUUCAACCUGAGACAAUAUCCCUAAAAAAAUGUAGAUGUGACAUUUCGUGUAUUUACUGUUGUACAGAAAUGACGGUGAUGUACAUUACAGGAAUGCACCAUGUCCAGAAUUUAUUAUGCAAUGUAGAGACAUAAUAAAAUUUAUAUG